CCGGUCGACUGGACGUCUCGCCUGUGGCUGGAGGAGAGAUCACGGCUCUCCAGGAAGGCGGCGGCGGCGGUAAAAUGAAGAUAUUCGUGGGCAAUGUCGACGGGACCGAUACGGCGCCGGAGGAGCUAGCAGCGCUCUUCGCGCCCUAUGGCACGGUCAUGAGCUGCGCCGUCAUGAAACAGUUCGCCUUCGUGCACAUGCGCGAGAACGCGGGCGCGCUGCGCGCCAUCGAGGCGUUGCACGGCCACGAGCUGCGGCCUGGGCGCGCGCUCGUGGUGGAGAUGUCGCGCCCACGGCCGCUUAACACUUGGAAGAUUUUCGUGGGCAAUGUGUCGGCUGCGUGCACGAGCCAGGAACUGCGUAGCCUCUUCGAGCGCCGAGGACGCGUCAUCGAGUGUGACGUGGUGAAAGACUACGCGUUUGUUCACAUGGAGAAGGAGGCUGAUGCCAAAGCCGCCAUCGCGCAGCUCAACGGCAAGGAGGUGAAGGGCAAGCGCAUCAACGUGGAACUCUCAACCAAGGGUCAGAAGAAGGGGCCUGGCCUGGCUGUCCAGUCUGGGGACAAGACCAAGAAACCAGGGGCUGGGGAUGCGGCAUUCCCUGGAACUGGUGGCUUCUCGGCCACUUUCGACUACCAACAGGCUUUUGGCAACAGCAGUGGUGGUUUUGAUGGGCAAGCCCGACAGCCCACACCACCUUUUUUUGGUCGCGACCGCAGCCCCCUGCGCCGUUCACCUCCCAGAGCCUCUUAUGUGGCUCCUCUGACAGCCCAGCCCGCCACUUAUCGGGCACAGCCCUCUGUGUCCCUGGGGGCUGCCUAUAGGGCCCAGCCUUCCGCCUCCUUGGGGGUCGGCUAUCGGACUCAACCCAUGACCGCCCAGGCAGCCUCGUACCGUGCUCAGCCCUCUGUCUCCCUCGGGGCCCCGUACAGGGGCCAGCUGGCCAGCCCCAGCACCCAGUCUGCUGCUGCAUCCUCACUGGGCCCUUAUGGUGGGGCCCAGGCCUCAGCUUCAGCCCUCUCCUAUGGGGCGCAGGCUGCCACAGCCUCUUCACUCAACUCCUAUGGGGCUCAGGGCUCAUCCCUCGCCUCCUAUGGUAACCAGUCUUAUGGCGCCCAGGCAGCCUCUUCCUAUGGGGUCCGAGCGGCUGCCUCUUCCUACGGUGCCCAGGGAGCCGCCUCCCUGGGUUCCUACGGGGCCCAGGCUGCCUCCUACGGGGCCCAGGCUGCGGCUUCAUCCCUAGCAUAUGGGGCCCAGGCAGCAUCUUACGGCGCCCAGCCCUCUGCUUCCUACAACGCCCAGUCGGCCCCCUACGCUGCGCAGCAGGCGGCGUCCUACUCCUCCCAGCCUGCUGCCUAUGUAACACAGCCAGCUGCGGCUGCCGCCUACGCCAGCCAGCCCGCCGCCUACGCCGCCCAAGCUGCGACCCCAAUGGCUGGCUCCUAUGGGGCCCAGCCUGUUGUGCAGACCCAGCUAAAUAGUUACGGGGCCCAAGCAUCAAUGGGCCUGUCGGGCUCCUAUGGGGCUCAGUCGGCGGCUGCGGCCACUGGCUCCUACGGGGCCGCAGCGGCCUACGGGGCCCAGCCUUCCGCCACCCUGACGGCGCCUUUCCGCACUCAGUCGUCAGCCUCGCUGGCUGCUUCCUAUGCUGCCCAGCAGCAUCCCCAAGCGGCUGCCUCCUACCGUGGCCAGCCGGGCAGUGCCUACGAUGGGGCAGGUCAGCCGUCUGCAGCCUACCUGUCCAUGUCCCAGGGGGCCGUUGCCAACGCCAACAGUACCCCGCCGCCCUAUGAGCGUACUCGCCUCUCCCCACCCCGGGCCAGCUACGACGAUCCGUACAAAAAGGCUGUCGCCAUGUCAAAAAGGUAUGGUUCCGACCGGCGCUUAGCCGAGCUCUCUGAUUUCCGCCGUUUAUCAGAGUCGCAGCUCUCGCUCCGCCGCUCGCCGACAAAGGCCUCGCUGGAUUACCGUCGCCUGCCCGAUGCCCAUUCUGAUUACGCACGCUAUUCGGGCUCCUAUAACGAUUACCUGCGGGCAGCGCAGAUGCACUCUGGCUACCAGCGCCGCAUGUAGGGCCGUCCUGGGACGGGCACUACUUGGUGGGGAGGGGCGG